AUGUCGUUGGCGCAACUAAGCACAGAGGUUCAGCUCCUGAUCGCAAUUAAUCUUUCACAACUCGACCUCUUGAAUGUGUCACUCACAAGCAAGCGCUUGCACGCAGCCACGGAGCCUGCACUGUACCAGGAGUAUCAUCCCCCGUCUCUGCGUCGCCGUUCACUCUCCCUCUUCAUCAAAGCGUUGCUGAAAGAACCGAAAAGGUUACACUACGUACACAGUCUGCGUCUUCCAGAAUGGGAGAUACUAGAUGCACAGAAUGAAGAGAACAGGUUUGAGCCUGAGGCCGUGCAAGAAGAGGCGAUGUCAGAGGGGAAGAAGCUGUAUCACUCUAUGACCGUAGAAUGGGACCCUAACAGAAAACCCGGUCAGGAUCUCAAUCAGUACGACUACGAAUUGCUUACAGGUGCGGCGGCGGCCACUGGACUUGUAAAGAACACUGUGCCGUAUGCAAAUGGAGGAGUCUUAGAGUUAAGAAGUGUGGAGAAGAGCUACGAUUGUUACCACAGCACGUUGUACUACUGGUACUACUUCGCGACUACCGAGCUUGAAAGCUUACCUUUGGACGACAAGAUCUGCCAUCUAUUGAGAGCCGGGGUGGAUGACGCCUACAUCAUGACUCUGGAGGAGCUCCUGCUCAACAAAGACAGCGCCGAAUACUACGCGGGCGCCCAUCCCGCGGACAGAUUCGAAGAUCAACCUUUCCGCUCACUGGCCCAAUUCACCUGUCUGGAAAAACUCUGGGCGCCGACAAACAUGUGGGCUAAUCUGCCAGGAGCAUGGGAAGAAAGUCGAGAUCCUGGCCUGACGAACACUUUUGCUGGACUUCUGCCUCCCUGCUUGAAAGAGCUCAGACUCUUCGACUCACACGCUCAGCCCGUUCUGAAACAGCCAGUCCUUGAUAAUUUGCUCCAAGUAGCGGGCUUCGAGCUGCGCGAACUCAUGUCUAUCGAGGUGGUGUCCAAGCAUGAUCAUUCCAAGAAGGACCUAAACAUCCUGGAAGAAGAAAGAGAAAUACGCCGAGAUUCUGGAUCUGUUUUCACCUACAGAUUCAGAUGGUCCCAUUUUCAUUCUUUCGAGCUACCAAAGACGGCGGAAGAGCUGGAGCCGCGUUGUCGCUAUGACAGAGGGCCGACUUUUUGGACUGAUGAUCGCUAUACCACGAGAUCAUGGGAGUGUUUGCAGGCGCCGGAUAUUCUAAGUUACGAGGAGGUGGAAGAGCAGAGAGCUCUGGAAGAACAGGCCAUUCUAGCCGAGGUUGAGGAUGCACCUACCUGUAAUGACGAGAUUUGGGAGUUGGAAGAGACGAGGAUCGAGGAGGUCGCGAUGGGGUUGCGGUAUGUCCAGGACGCGUGA